AUGACAUCGGUUUUCAAAAAUGGACGCAUCUUCGCGCCGCACGCUGCAGUGGGCGAUGGCCAAGACUUCACCGAGGGAAUGAUUAUUGAAAAUGAUAAAAUCUCCCAUGUUGGCUCUCUAGAGGGUAUCACAAUUCCAGAAGGAGCAAACGUCAUCGACUUGGAAAACCGCACCGUCAUUCCGGGUUUCAUUGAUGCCCAUGUGCAUAUUUUACACUAUGGCCAGUCCCUGCGCAAGGCCAACCUCAUAAGUUGUACCUCUCUGGAUCAGAUCCGCGAAACCAUCAAGGCAUACGCCGAGGCACACCCAUCUAUCCCUCGCAUUCUUUGCCGGGGUUGGAUUCAAUCAACCACUAAUGGAGUCGCCUUGGCCAGUAUGUUGGAUGGGAUUGACCCGCGUCCGAUCUUCGUGGACUCGUUUGAUCUCCAUUCGAUGUGGUGUAGUUCGGCUGCUCUCGAUGAAAUGAAGGUCCACACUGCACCGGACCUUCCCGGCGGCACUAUUCAACGCGAUGAAAAUGGACGGGCAACGGGUCUCCUUGAUGAGUCCGCAGUUAUGAACCUCGCAUGGCCAUAUCUAGAGAGUGUCACAUCUACAGAAGACAAGCUGAGUGCUCUGGACACCGCAGUCUCCACAUACACUGCCGCCGGGUAUACCGGGCUAGUCGACAUGGCCAUGGACGAAGGCACCUGGGAAAUCCUAAACCUCUACCGUCGCUCCCACCCCAUCCCAUUCCACAUCGGCGUCCACUGGCUGGUCCCCUUCUCCACAGACCAAAAAACCAACAUGAAAUACGUUGACCGAGCAAUCGAACUCCACCACCAAUGCACCGAGCCCAACUUCUCCAUCCUCGGCAUCAAGCUCAUCUGCGACGGUGUCGUGGACGGAUGUACCGCCGCCCUCCUCCAACCCUACACCGGCCAAUCCGACCCCGUCGACCCAAUCUGGCCAGAGUCCAUGCUCCAAGAAGUCGUCCACCACGCCGACCAGGCAGGCAUCCAAUGCGCCAUCCACGCAAUCGGCGAUAAAGCAAUAAAUCAAGCAAUCAACGUUCUCUCCCGAGUAGGCACACCAGGCCGAAGACACAGAAUCGAACAUCUAGAAAUGACCACCUCGGAAGACGCAAGACGUCUAGGACAACUAGGCAUCACCGCCUCAAUCCAGCCCGUUCACUCUGAUCCAGCCCUCUUCAAGGCCUGGCCUGGCCUGGUCGGCCAGGAGCGCUGCAAGCGCGCGUUCGCAUAUAAGGAGUUCCUGGAUGGAGGUGCUCCGAUUGCCAUUGGCACGGAUGCGCCGACGGCCCCGCAUAUGCCGUUUCCGAAUCUUUAUAAUGCGACGACGAGGCGGUCGGCGCUGGAAGUUGAGAGUGAGAAUACUGUUAAUUCGCAGUUUGCGUUGACUUUGGCUCAGGCGGCUACGGCUGCUACUUCUGGGGCUGCUUAUGCGAGAUUUGCGGAUGGGUGGACGGGGAGUUUGAAGAAGGGGCUUGAUGCGGAUUUCUUGGUUGUGGAUGUGCAGUGGACUCCGGAGAAAUUACUUGGUACGAAGGUGUGUCAGACUUGGUACCGGGGGAAGAAGGUGUUCCAGUCAUGA